AUGGUGAAAUUCUUGAAGCAGAACAAGGCCGUGAUCCUCCUUCAAGGUCGAUACGCCGGCAAAAAAGCGGUGAUAAUCCGUUCCUUCGACGACGGAAACCGUGAACGUCCUUACGGACACUGCCUCGUCGCCGGGAUCAAGAAAUACCCGAGCAAAGUCAUCCGCAAAGACUCUGCGAAGAAGACGGCGAAGAAAUCUAGGGUUAAGUGUUUCGUCAAGCUCGUUAACUACCAGCAUCUGAUGCCUACUCGUUACACGCUCGAUGUGGAUCUCAAGGAAGUCGCGACUCUCGAUGCUCUUCAGUCUAAGGAUAAGAAGGUUGCUGCUCUUAAGGAAGCUAAGGCUAAGCUUGAGGAACGUUUCAAGACUGGGAAGAACAGAUGGUUCUUCACUAAGCUCAGGUUCUGA